CACCGCUUGGACACACACUUAAGAGCACCCUGCACUUUCCAACCCCUAUUGAAAACAGAGAAAAGACACCGCAAGUGGAUACAAGAGGUUUCCUGAACUACUGAUCCGUGCGUAUGGACUUUUAAUUGCCGAAUUACACCAAGGCGUUUGACUUUUUUCUUUCUUUUUUUGGUCGCAUCAGAAAAUACAAGCAGAUGAUUUAACUGCCCGAGUUUGUGCAUGUGCUCCACGCACAAAUAAAAAAAGGCUUUUAAAAAUUUUAAAUCCCCGUUUUUUCUCUAAAUAGUCCACAUUCUUCUCUAAAAUUGGCUCCUGUACAAACAGCCGCGUUGGAUCCCUCGGGUUACUGCGAGACUCCGGUGUACAACCCGGAUCUCUGUCCAAAUAUGAUCGCCGCCCAGGCCAAGCUGGUUUAUCAUCUCAAUAAAUACUAUAACGAGAAAUGCCAGUCUCGGAAAGCGGCCAUCUCCAAGACCAUACGGGAGGUGUGCAAGGUGGUCUCAGAUGUCCUAAAAGAGGUGGAGGUCCAGGAGCCCCGCUUUAUCAGCUCCUUAAACGAAAUGGAUAACCGCUUCGAAGGGCUCGAGGUCAUCUCUCCUACUGAAUUCGAGGUGGUCCUCUAUCUGAACCAGAUGGGGGUCUUCAACUUCGUGGACGACGGCUCUCUGCCGGGCUGCGCCGUGCUCAAGCUCAGCGACGGGCGGAAGAGAAGUAUGUCUCUCUGGGUCGAGUUCAUCACGGCUUCGGGAUACCUGUCAGCGCGCAAGAUCCGCUCCAGGUUCCAGACGCUUGUGGCGCAGGCGGUGGAUAAGUGCAGCUAUAGGGACGUGGUUAAAAUGGUCGCCGAUACCAGCGAGGUGAAAUUACGCAUCAGAGACCGAUAUGUGGUUCAGAUCACUCCCGCGUUCAAGUGCACCGGCAUAUGGCCGCGCAGCGCUGCUCACUGGCCGCUGCCGCACAUCCCGUGGCCUGGUCCGAACAGAGUGGCAGAAGUCAAAGCCGAGGGUUUCAAUCUCUUGUCGAAGGAGUGUUACUCGCUGAACGGGAAGCAAAGCUCGGCGGAGAGCGAUGCCUGGGUGUUGCAGUUCGCCGAAGCGGAGAACCGACUGCUCCUGGGAGGGUGCAGGAAGAAAUGUCUGUCCCUGCUCAAGACUCUGCGCGACCGUCACCUUGAACUACCGGGACAGCCUCUCAACAACUAUCACAUGAAAACUCUUGUGUCUUACGAGUGCGAAAAACACCCGCGCGAGUCGGACUGGGACGAAAACUGCCUCGGGGAUCGACUGAACGGGAUUUUAUUGCAGCUCAUUUCGUGCUUGCAGUGUAGGAGAUGCCCCCAUUAUUUUCUGCCAAACCUAGACCUUUUCCAAGGGAAGCCACAUUCGGCCCUUGAAAACGCUGCCAAACAGACUUGGCGACUGGCAAGAGAAAUUCUAACCAACCCUAAAAGCCUGGAGAAACUCUGAGGUAAAAAAUAAACGGCAUGUUUGUGAAUUGGAGGUCUGACUGAUCAAAGUUCUGAGGCCUAGACGAUGCUAAUCAGGAACUCUUCCACAAAAUGGUCACUGUUGAAACCAAUCCACGUUGAUUUUGUUGUAAAAAAUAUUUUAGAGAGCUCCGUUUAAAAAUACUUUACAUGACGAGAAUUUGUCGUGAGGGAGCAAAUUGUAUCAACAAUCAAAAUGAAUGGUUACCUGUCAGUAUUACUGUUUCUUUCUUUUCUUUUAUCGAGCCAUGCCCGACAACACAUUUUACCUAAAAGCUUUCGACACACGAAGACAGAAUAUAACCUGUACAUUUUAUACUGUAAAUAGACACAUUUGUAGAUUGUGAAUCCGGUGGUCUGCAGUUGUGAAUGUUGUUCUGUGACACGUAAAUAGAAGUAUAAUUUCACCUGUUUUAA